GCUUAGGUGCUGUUUGGCCAAGCUAAUACCAAGUGAGUGGUUGGUGAGAUAAACUUAUAAGCAUUUUCCCUUUCCUUUCCUCUCUAAGAAACUCGUGCACUUGAAGCUUCCUCGAUUCCUCCAAAUGUAAUUUCCCAAAAUCAUUUAAAAAUUUUCCAAAAUCGAUUUUUUGGGGUCUCACUCCUUAAUUAGGAACAUUGAUUUCAACAAUUGGGUUUAUCUUUGUCUGAUUGAUUCUCAAGUUUCGCUUGUGGUAGUUUGAAUUUGGGGAAUUAGGUUUUUCUGUUUGUUUUGCUUCAUCUGCAGUUUUCCCCAAAUGCAUAGGUUUGGUAUAAUCGACGAAAAGGCGCGGAGAAAACCCUAAUUUCCGACCUCAAUGUUGAGCUCUUCUUCCUAUUGUAUCUCUCAUCGCCCUUUAGCUGUACCUUCUUUAUCUAGAAUUAGGGUUCCGAAUCGUCCCGCUAGCUUAUCGUUACUGAAUCGUAAUUUUGGCGUUGCGGAUUCUAAUUUCAGCUCUUCAAAAUCUAGAUGGAAAAUUUGUUGUUUUAGGCAAGAGGAGUUUCCUGCUGAGAACUUGAAACCUGAUGUGGUUGAAGAUGUUUUAGCUGAGGAAUUGGUGAAGCCGAAGCUCGAAUUUCAGACAGUCCUUAAAAAGGAUUGGAGGUCAUGUUUUCGAGAGGCUGCUGCUUCUGUUUUAAAAGCAGUUGGAGAUCGUUGGAAUGUACCAUGGACAGGAGAAACCAUAUUGCAAGUUAUGUUAUUAUGGGUUGCCUCAUUUUGGUUUGUGGGUUCUUGGAUGAUGCCAUUUGCAGCCCACAUUGCUGGCUUCAGUAAGGAAUCUUUAACAUACAGGGGACAGGCAUUUUACAGCCUUUUGACCGACGUAACAGAAGGCCUAGCAGGGAUUGCCAUCCUUCACCGUUGCCUAUCUCGUUUUCGUCCACUUCCUCCAGGAUGGUUUAAAUUCAGCCUGAAAGGGAACUGGCAUUUUGACGUUGCCCUAGGAUGCCUCAUGUUUCCACUGGUAAAUCGCCUCUCUCAAUUCAACCUUGACAUACUACCUCUAUUGCCAUCAACACCCGUCACUCUUUCAAGCGUGGAACAGUCUAUCUUAGCACGGGAUCCCGUGGCAAUGGGAUUGUAUAUUGUGGUUGUUUCAGUGUGUGCUCCCAUUUGGGAAGAGAUAGUCUUCAGGGGUUUCCUUUUACCGUCGUUGACAAAGUACAUGCCUGUAUGGUGCUCAAUUCUGGUAAGCUCAAUAGUGUUUGCACUAGCACAUUUCAAUGUACAGAGGAUGCUUCCACUUAUAUUUCUGGGGGUUGUCAUGGGUGCUCUCUUUGCUCGGACGAGGAACCUUGUGCCUUCCAUGUUGUUGCACAGUCUGUGGAAUGCAUUUGUAUUUUUAGAUUUAAUGAAGUAACAACUUACCAACUUCCACCUCAAAUAUAAACCCAAUAAUUCAUUGGCACUUCCGCUUCAAUUGAAGCAUUACAGAACUUGCAAGCAUAAAUGAAGUUGGUCUCCUUGAUGUAAAUUUUGUUUUGCCCACAACAUUUGCAUUGCACAGUUUUUCCUCCUAAAGAAGUGGGCUACAGGUUAUGAGUGUUCGAUUUCACCUCCCCCCCCCCCCAAACAAAUGGCCAAAGUGGUUAUUUGUGUUUCACAGUGGGUAAAUUCUUAUUUACCAACCUUGCCUAAGGUUGAUGUUCUUCUUCUUGAUGCCGUUGUUACAACUUUCUGUAAGAAACAAUUCAUUACACAGUAAAGUAGAUGAACAGGAUUUGUAGAUUUAAAUUUAAUGGUACUAGAUUUUACAAGUUCAAUUUGAA